AUGAACACAAUUAGAUCGACUUGGUAUGGCUGGGGUGUCCUCUGCGUUGCUGGUGGAGGUGCCUACUACUUCGCAAAGAAGUCGAUCAAUGCCGACCGGGCAGCACGCUUCGAAGCCGAACAGAAACAAAAGGCCUACCAGCGACGGAUAGAAGACUCUUCCUACGCCCCACCGCGUAAAACAAGGACAAGGACACAAGCAGACCCUUCGAGUGGCACGCACAAUGCCAAAGGACUUGAUCAUGCAGGAAGCCCAAGCAGUGAGAUCUCUGAGGAUGUUGCUCCAGUAGGACAUGCGCCGGUUGACAGUGAGCAGAGGAUACGUGAAAAGAGCAAGUACGAAGCCGCUGUACCAUACAGAAGCAAGAAAGGCGACCGGUUCAGUUGA